CAGAAGUAAUGCUUGAACUCUCCCUGGAGGAUCUCUUAUACAUCAGUUCAGCUCAAGUCUCUUUCUAAACCCACUGACUUGAUCAAAUCAAUAAAAAGCGUGUCAUAUGCAGCUCAUUAUGAUAUCUGUAACCAUCACUUAUUCACACACUCAGACCUGAAAAUCCUUCGCAGCACCGAAAGCAGCAGAAAUGCUUCAUUAGAGUGUGUUUCUGAAGGUGUUCAAGCAUAGAUCCUGGGUGUGUGUUGGAUCAGAUGAUCAGGAACCGCAUGAUUAACCUGCACUGCUUCUUCUUCCAACAUCUAAAUCUGCUUCUGAUAUUAGAGACGAAUGAAGAUCUAGUGUCCGUCUCUAGUGUUUUUCAAGACAUUGACUUCAGAGCUGACACCAAUGGGACUGCAUAACUCUCAUCUAAAGCUUUACCCUGGAGAUAUUCUGGAGUUUCCCGGUAACAGCUACUUUUGUCAUUAUGGAAUUUACUACGGUGAAAGAGACGGAGUUCCUUACGUGGCUCAUCUGACCAUCAGAGACUCCGACACCAGACUGCUUCUCUUCGGCCGAGCCCUGAACGCCGCAGUGAAGCUCGACCCGCUCGACGUGGUCGGAAAGAAAUUCAGAGUCAAAAACUACCUGGACGACAAGCAUCCUCCGCGGGACUUUUACUCCAUCAUCAAGCCGGAGAUCGAGCACAGCAUGACCAAACCCGUGACCUUCGACAUCCUCUUCAACAACAGCGAACAUCAGGCCACCAUGUUUCGGAACGGGGUGAAAAAGUCAGAGCAGAUUGAGAAAGUUUAUUCCAAGAUAGUUCCCACCUGGAAAGACUUAUUUGAGAAGAGAAAGAUUUGAGACGCAGGACGCUGGAUGAAGACACACAGAAACCACACAGAAAUAUUUCUUGAGAUUUUUCUUUUUAAUGGAAAAAAUGAAUCAAAUGAAAGAGAUUGAAUGAUCUAAAGCAUAGCCUCAUUAUAAUCUGUGUUUUUGUAUCUGAAUAUUGGAUGUGAUGUCCGUCUUUCUCCAGAAGGUGGCAGCAGAUAAAACAGGUUUGCAUUGAGUUUAGAAUAAAUGAUGUAAACAGUACCAACAAAUGUCAGAUUAUUUACAUUUAACCAACAAAGUGUCGUGUUUGUAUAUUUUGUAAAACUGGUUUUAUUACUUUGAAGGAAAUGUAGAGGGUUACUACUGUUUUUCUCAUUUAUAACUGUAUCUUAUUGAGAAAUUAAAUGUUUCUGGUCUUAUACGUUUAUAU